UUUACCAUUAUCUGAGAAUUCUAUAAAUAGUGAAGGUGCCGACACUAAUCUUUUUGAGGAAGAAUUUAAUGAUAAAUUUUUACAAAUCAAUAUUGAAGCAGUAAACAUAAAAUUAGAAGAUGAAUUAGCAAUAAAUCAAUUUUUUGAUAUUAGAAUGCUUGAAUGA